UUGUGUGGAGGACUGCGGAGCUACCGCCGAUAAUAAAUACACACAGGCGUCACACACGGAGAGGUUGCCAAACAGCUAAUCAUGGUGAAUGUAAAGAAACGGAAAGGUCGGGUCGUUAUUGAUUCCGACUCCGAGGAUAGUGCAAGUGAUGAUAACCUGGAUCAGGAACUACUUUCCUUGGCCAAGCGGAAGAGGGUAGACACCGAUGACCAAGAGGAACCUGUCAGCAAGCCUGCUGCCUCAUCCGACUCUGAGACCUCUGAUAGCGAUGAUGAGUGGACCGUCGGAGGCACCAAGGCCAAGAAGAAGGUCAAACCAGGGAAAGGAACAGAGAAGAAGAACACUGCCAAAAAGAAGGUGAACAAGGCAGCAUCCUCAGGCAGCUCCGAUGGCGACAGCUCUGCAGAGAGUUCAGCACCAGAGGAAGGAGAGGUGUCCGACUCGGACAGCAACAGCUCGUCCUCCAGCUCCGAUUCGGACUCUUCCUCAGAGGACGAGGAGUUCCGCGAUGGCUACGGGGACGACUUGAUGGGAGACGAGGAGGACCGGGCGAGGCUGGAGCAGAUGACUGAGAAAGAACGCGAGCAGGAGCUGUUCAACCGUAUCGAGAAGCGUGAGGUGCUCAAGAGGAGGUUUGAGAUCAAGCAAAAACUGAAGAAGGCCAAGAAGAAGGAGAAGGAAGAAAAAAAGAAGAAACAAGAGGAAGAGCAGGAGAAGAAGAAACAGGACAGGUCUCAGACACAGGACGUUCAGGUGAUGUCCCACAACAAAGAGCGGAGGUCCAAGCGGGAUGAAAAACUGGACAAGAAGUCCCAGGCCAUGGAAGAGCUGAAGGCUGAGAGAGAGAAGAAGAAAAACAGAACGGCUGAGCUCCUUGCCAAACGAGAGCCUCUCAAAGCCAGCGAAGUCUACUCCGAUGAUGAGGAGGAAGAAGAGGAUGAUGACAAGUCAUCGGUGAAGAGUGAUCGCAGCUCGCGCUCCUCGUCAUAUGACGAAGAAGAGGAGAAAGAAGAAGCACCACCCAAGUCGCAACCCGUUUCCCUCCCUGAAGAACUGAAUCGUAUCCGUCUGUCCCGACACAAGCUGGAGCGCUGGUGUCACAUGCCCUUCUUUGCAAAAACAGUGACUGGCUGCUUUGUGCGAAUAGGCAUCGGCAACAACAGCAGCAAGCCUGUAUACAGGGUUGCUGAAAUUAUUGAUGUGGUUGAAACAGCUAAAAUCUACCAGCUGGGUACAACAAGAACAAAUAAAGGCUUGCAACUACGUCAUGGCAACGACACACGGGUCUUUCGGUUAGAGUUUGUUUCUAAUCAGGAGUUCACAGAAAACGAGUUCAUGAAGUGGAAAGAAGCGAUGAUCAUAGCAGGGAUGCAAGUCCCAACUCUGGAUGAGAUUGCCAAAAAGGAGCAGUCCAUCAAAGAAGCAGUCAACUACAAAUUCAAUGAUAAAGACAUUGAAGAUAUAGUGAAAGAGAAGGACAGAUUCCGAAAGGCUCCAUCAAACUAUGCCAUGAAGAAAACACAGCUCCUAAAAGAGAAGGCUAUGGCAGAAGAGACUGGGAACGGGGAGAGGGUAAAACAGAUCCAAGACCAGCUGAACGAGCUGGAGGAGAGGGCUGAGGCCCUCGACAGGCAGAGGACUAAGAACAUCUCUGCCAUCAGCUAUAUUAACCAGAGGAAUCGGAGUUGGAACAUCGUGGAGUCUGAAAAGGCUCUAGUGGCUGAAGGCCAGAAUUCUAAGGACCAGCAGAUGGACCCUUUCACAAGGAGGCAGUGCCAGCCCACCAUGGUGUCCAAUGCCAGAGACCCCACAGUUCACGCCGCUAUCAUCGCCCAUCUGAACCAGAAAUAUGGUUCCGGUUCAGCAGCCCAGGAGAACGCCCUAGACAGUCACAUACAGGGACACGGAAGCCAGAAAGACAAAGACAUCACCAAGACAACAAGCGACCUCUCAGAAGACCUCUUCAAAGUUCACGACUUUGACGUGAAGAUUGACCUUCAGGUCCCCACUGCAGAGACCAAGUCUUUGUCGGUGAGCUCCAACUCUCUGCCAGUGAAGGAUGGAGCCCCGCGACGCUCACUCAACCUGGAGGACUAUAAGAAGAGGCGGGGACUCAUCUGAAGGACCUUCGAGCUUCCUCAUUCACCCUGCAUGUGUUAGCCAUAGGAGGUGGGGCACUAGGGCGAAGGAUCCCCUUCUGUGAGUGUGUGUGUGUAUGUGUGUGGCCUGCAUACAUACAAAUGGAUGGUUUGUAUGAUUGAAAUUAAGAGUAUGUGUGGAUGUGAGAGAAACCUAAAAAGGUGUGUGUGUGUGUGUGUGUGUGUGUGUGUGUGUGUGUGAGAAACCUAAAUAGGUGUGGGUGUGUGUGUGUGGCCUGCAUACAUAUAAAUGAAUGGUUUAUGAUUGAAAUUAAGAGUAUGUUUGGACGUAUGUGAGAGAAACUUAAACGUGUGUGUGUGUGGCCUGCAUACAUGCAAAUGAAUGGUAUGUAUGAUUGAAAUUAAGAGUAUGUGUGGACAUAUGUGUCAGAAACUUAAACAUGUGUGUGUGUGUGUGUGUGUGAGAAACCUAAAUAGGUGUGGGUGGGUGUGUGUGUGUGAGUGAGAGAGAAAGAGCAAAAAGAAUAUGAGAGCAUUUCAUUAGAGAAAUGGUUCAAAGUAUUGGGGCUGUAUUUGAGUGUGGAUGUACAUGAAAUCAGUUUUCAGAGUGUGUGACUGCGAGCAAGCAAUUGUUCAGCCCAAAAAGUGAGAGGUUAUAUUAAAUGAAAAAAAUUCAUGGGAUUACUCUAGGGGGAAAGGCUGUCCACUGGUUAUUUGCGUUGUGCAGAGUCGUACUCGGAAUUGUGUUUUCCGUAGUUAUUUCUUAUUUUUUUGAAGCGUAUAUAUAUGAAAUAUAUUAAUUAUUUUUCCCUCAUUGGCAUUCUCAUAGGUUCAUAUCUUUUUAUAUCCUGUCCACUUUUGCGAGGGGCUCUGUGCUUGUGCAUUCAUUUUAGAAGAAGGACAUGCUCAUAAGACUUUGGCUCUUCUUUGACACCCAAAACACCUGACCUGGAAUGAAUGUUCUUUUUGUAAUUUAUCCUUCGUAUAUAUUUUUUUCAACCUACUUUGGAAACGUAACAUACGGUUACAUUUGGGAAGGGAAACUGAAAACAAGAAUAUGGGACUAUGUCUCUGUUUUUCCAUCGCAAAACUCCACCAAUAAAACUUUCUCCGGGUACUGAAGUGUUUCCUUUUUUUUUUUUUUUUUUUUUUUUUCUUCCUUCAAAAAAAAGAUAAUCCUGUGUCUCCAUUUUCAUGCCCUCAUUUCUUUCUCACACAGGGCGGGUUUUAAGUGUUAUGGAUUGUGUCCUUAGGUCUUGUAUUGAUGUGGCAUGCCAUGUAAAUAUGCGAUUUGGAGUGAGUGCAGCAAAAUAAAGAGGCACUGUUUCGUA